AUGUUCGGACUUCGGGCCGGUUUUUGUCUCCUGCAAGUCACACUUGUUUGUUCGGAAGCUUUGAGGCACCUGAAACACGAAGGAGCUAGUUUGGAAAACGACUUAUUGGGACAAAAUAUGUCGCUGAAAAGCGUGGUUGUUGGAUUUUCGCUUAAUAGUACGGAGGAGAAAAUUAUUCGGAGGUCUCUCAGCGAUGUGGUUAGCAGGAAUAUUACGAUGGUUUUGGAGAACCUGCUGAAAAAUUAUGAAAGUUCGCAGCUGCCGACGCAUGGGAAAGACCAGCCGACUAUUGUCCAGACGAACAUCUUGAUCCGCAGCAUGGGUCCAGUGUCCGAACUGGACAUGGAAUAUUCAAUGGACUGUUAUUUCAGACAGUACUGGCGAGACCAGCGCUUGUCAUUUUUAGGUCCAAUAAAAUCUCUCUCACUAUCAAUAAAAAUGCUAGAACGCAUCUGGAGACCCGAUACUUACUUUUACAACGGCAAGCACUCAUAUGUCCAUACAAUAACCGUUCCCAACAAACUCUUAAGAAUCAGUCAAGACGGCGAUAUUUUGUACUCGAUGAGGCUAACGAUCAAAGCCAAGUGUCCGAUGGAGCUUCGGACUUUCCCCAUGGACAGGCAAUCGUGCCCUUUAAUUUUGGGCAGUUACGCUUACACCUCCAAGGAUUUGCUGUACCGAUGGCAAAACGAGGCGAGCGUCAAUUUCGUCCCGGGGAUGACACUCUCACAAUUUGAUUUAAUUAGUUUCCCUUACAGGAAUUUUACGCUCAAGAGGCGGGAAGGCGACUUCUCCGUGCUCCAAGUCUCGUUUAACCUUCAGCGGCACACUGGUUACUUCCUGAUCCAGGUCUAUGUUCCUUGCAUCCUUAUCGUGGUGUUAUCCUGGGUGUCGUUCUGGAUCCACCGGGAAGCAACCAGCGACCGUGUGGGUCUUGGAAUCACCACUGUUUUAACCCUCUCAACUAUCAGUCUGGACUCUCGAACCGACCUUCCCAAAGUCCGCUAUGCCACAGCUUUGGAUUGGUUCCUCCUCAUGAGUUUUUUCUACUGCAUCGCGACUUUGCUAGAAUUCGCAGGAGUUCACUACUUUACUAAAGUCGGGAGUGGGGAAAUUCCGGUUGAUGAGGACGAUUGGGAAGAUUGCAAUGAGCCAGAAGAGGAAAUGAUUGGGAUGUCUGCAGCUGAGCUGGAGAAUUCGCUCAGUCCUGCCAGCCGUGCAGGACGGAGGAAAAGCUCGUUGAUUUGUCCUAUUUACAACAAUACGGCUCUCCAUUACAGUAGUAAGAGGACGUCUUUGACGUCGAACACGCAAGUCCCACCACCGGUGAGACUGACAGUGGAAAGGACAACCCAAACUGAGGUGAGGCUGCCGAAGUGGAAGCAGUUUUUGUACUGUUUGAAAGGAGACGACAAGUUUCGGAGGCAAAGGCAGAGAGAAGCAGCUGCAGGUGCCUCGAAUGGUAAUGAACGAGGACAUCACUGCCAUGCUCCAAGACAUGUCAACAGCGUUUCUCUGAUUGAUCGGGCUGCGAGGAUCCUUUUUCCAGCAUCCUUCGGGUUCUUUAAUUUAAUUUAUUGGAUGAUUUACUUUACCUAUCAGGAUGAUUUUAAAUGGGCGGAUACGAAGCUGAGCUCGCUUAGUCACUGA